AUGUCCACCGCAGCCUCGUCGUCAUCGCCAACGACGCGCUCAAGGACCUUGCUCUUCAUCUCUUUCCGCGAUUCAAGAGCACCAUCUACACGUUUCUCUCGUUUACACUCAUCCUAUUCAGAUGAACCCUAUGAUGAAAAUGAAACACUCAUACAUCCAAGCUCCGCACAUCUACCUGAGUUGCCUCCCAAAUGGGUUGAUAUUUCCGAACAAGUGGAAGAGAUCUUGAGCGGUACACAAGCUAAAAUUGUCGCUUUAGAGAAGCUCCAUGCAAAGCAUGUUCUCCCCGGCUUUGCGGACCGGACGGCAGAGGAGAAAGGAAUCGAAGCGGCGACCACCGAAAUAACCAAAGAUUUUCGAAGAUGUCAUACUUUGAUUCAGCGUAUCGGUACUGAACAGGAUCACUCAUUUCCCCCUUCAACUCAGAAAACUCAGUUUCAAGUCCUCGCGGCCAAAAAUGUGCAACGAGGCCUAGCCGUGAGGGUUCAAGAACUCAGCUCAACCUUCCGCAAGAAACAGCGUGUCUAUAUGGAACGUCUACAAGGACACGCGAUUAAGAAUCAAGAUCUCCUGAUUGCGUCUGGGACUAUUUCCUCAAGAGGAUCCGAGGGCUUGACUGCUGUUGAUGAAGAUGUAGAAGCUGCGCAAGCUCAGAUUCUAGAUAACACACAUGAUCACCAUCUCCGUGCCCGCGACAGGGAGUUGACAGAAAUUGCAAACUCGAUAGCCUCUCUAGCAGAAUUAUUCAAGGAUUUAUCCGUCCUUGUGAUAGAUCAAGGGACCCUUCUUGACAGUGUUGAGUAUAACAUUGAACAGACUUCGGUAGAAAUGACCGAAGCUGUGAAAGAGUUGAACCAUGCAACGCGAUACCAGAAGAAUACGGGCCGUCGGAAGCUUAUUUUCCUUCUCCUAUUGAUCAUUUUUGGUUUGAUCAUCGUCCUGAUCUUCAAACCUCGUCGGUCAUCCACUUUAGGUUCUUCGCCUACUCGAGAUUCAAUGACCUCCACGGAUACUUUUGUUCCACGUUACUUUCAUGCACGGACAUCCCCCAGCCUUUACGUACCCAAUAAUACUUGA